GAAAAAUAGAUCGUAGUUAUCAAUUAUGUCCUAAUUUCAGUUGAGAAAAAUGGAAAAUUCGUCUAUAAUUCCUAACAAUACUACUGCUAAUAUUGCCUUAAUACCUAAGAGUAGUAGUAGUGGUUCCGGCACAACAGAUGAUACAUUAUAUCUAUCAGUGUUCCUGAUUUACGUACCUGGAAUUGUCACGAAUUUCAUUUCCAUCAUCCUACUUCUAUCGGACUUGCGAAAGACAAAAAUGACAACAAACGUUUUGCUGCUUGCCCUAUGUACCACAGAUUUUGUAGCGGUGUGUCUAUCAUGCUUUUGGCACCUAAGCAAACGUAUGGGAUUGCCAAUGACUUACGAUUUAUGUGCAGUAAAGUCGUUUCUACAUCCUAUAAUGCCACUCUUGACCGGAUCCAUAAGUCUGUUGAUGGCUGUAGACAGAUUUUUAGCCUUUUGUAAGCCGUUCUUCUACCGUUCGAAUGUAUCAAAGAAGUUGUGGAUGAUUUGUGUACUGUUGGUGAUCGUAUUUCUAUCCGUUAUUUGUGCUCUACCACAUCUUGGUUUGGGUUCACUAUGGACUCCACAAUACAGACGAGGCAAGCUUACGUACACCUGUAGCGUCUUUACUUACCAAGAAAAUUUAACAAAAAAGAUUUUCCACAUCAGCUACACCAGUCUAGGUUUUAUGGUAGUUUUAGGCAUAAUUUCAUUUAACAGCUUAGUGGCAGUAGCCGUUCUCCGACUCAGGCAUCGUACUAUAGAGGCACAGAAAGGUCGUUCUAACCAACAAGUUAACAGAUCAACGGAGAUAAAGUUUGCAGUGAUUGUUGGUUUACUAGCAUGUGUGUUUGUAGUCUGUUGGUUGCCAUAUAACGUAUGGGUCCUAUAUAAGCUGUUGAACAUACCAAUGGAGUACGAGAUAGUUUCAAAGAUUCACUUGCUUGGUGGAUUUAACUACUCGACAGAUCCCUUUGUUUACAUUAUUAUAAGAAAGUCUAACAGGAAUUUGCUCGAACGUAUAUUUUGUUGCAUUGGUAUUCGUAAAAGCAAGGACCGAAACCCUUUGGACAUAUCAAGUGGAGGAAAUAUAGAUUUAUCAACCCAAACCACUAGAAGUAGCAACAGUUUUGCUGAUUAAAGUCGACUUGUUAGUCUGCCGAAUACGAAAUAUAUUUACUAGUAUAUGAAGUGUUUUUAUGUUACAAGUGUUGUGUUGUUUGUUCUGUAAAUAUUGAUCGUCAUAAACAUGCAUGAAACAUUUGCCACUGGAUGUUAACCAAUUAACAAUCAAUCUGUAAAUAUUGAUACUAAUUAUUCUCAAUAUAUAGAUUUGAAUAUUGUUGAUUUUUGAAAAAGAUAAUUAUUUUACAAAAUAUUUCACUAAAAGCACGUUACACGCAAUUUACAAAUGUAUCUUUGAAUAAGAAGUGAGAGUAAAUAAUCUAUGUUAAAAUAGCAUAAAUUCAUUUGGAACAUACUAACAUAGUUAUAAUUUUCAUAUCCAUAGCAAAUAGGAAUGCUGUUUAAAACAUUUACGAAUUAUGUUUCAUUUUCGUACAUUGUAUUACUUUCUGUUAUUCAACACGAAUUUACUUCAUAUUUGUUUAAUUUGUUAACGCUCUAUUACUUUUGGUUCAUGUGAAUAAACAGGACUUCUCAACCUUGUACAGUACUAUGUUCUUGUAUAUGGUAAGUGUCGUAUGUUCUAGUCUAUAUUCUAGCUGUAUGUUAUUAUCUAUGUUGUAUGUUCUAGUCUAUGUCGUAUGUUCUUGUUUGUGUUGUAUACUGUAGUUCAUGUUGUGAGUUCUUUCUUCAAGUCUAUAUUGUAUUUUCUAUGUUCUAGUUUGUGUUGUAUACUGUAGUCCAUGUUGUGAGUUCUUUCUUCAAGUCUAUAUUGUAUUUCUAUGUUCUUGUUAGUGUUGUAUGUUCCGG